UUUCUCCCUACCUAAAUAAACGUUAUGCCUUAAAAGGUUCAAAAACCUGUUAGCUUAACAGCCACCGAAAGUCCGACGCUUUCAGGCCGAGGAGCAUAUAGAGUCCCACAAUAUGCUUCGAUCCGUAUUCCGUGCUGUCUUUGUCGCGGAAUGAUCUUCAUUUGUCAAAUAUUAGCUCCCUUUUCCCUCUCCUUUAGCUCUUCAAGUAGAGUGAUCUCGGCCGAUUGACGCAUCACGCAUCAAAAAAUGAUAUUGAAAACGAAGAUAUUCCGGGGUGUCAUGCGAGCAUUUUCAUCUGAGUCUUCUCCAAAUCAAAAGAUUUGCAGCAAAUUGUUUGUGGCAGGUCUUUCCUUUGAUACCAACGAAAGUGCAUUGAAAAAAGCUUUUUCACCAUACGGCGAGAUCCUUGAAGUUAAAAUUAUAGUUCAUCGCACAAGCUAUAGAUCACUGGGAUAUGGCUUCAUAAAAUUUGCCAAGGAAACAGAUGCUGAAUCUGCUCUAGAGCAUAUGCAAGGACAGUUACUGCAAGGUAGACUUAUCCGCCUGGAAUAUGCUCAUGGUCUUCGGCAGAUUCAAGAGUCGAAACCUCAGUUGAAGGCAGAAAUUGAAGAUUGAGCAACAGAGAACUCUUGGUACAUCAGAUGUGAGCUGGGAUUUGCGAUUCUGGGUCGCACCUUUUGAAGGAAGUUGAACAUCUCCACAUUAAAACUAGAUAGUGCCUCUUUUCAUUGAUAUAUUUUAUAUAUGCCUCUAUCCACAUCAGUCUUUCUCCGCAGCAAAUUGAAACGGA